AUGGAUUUGUUCGACAACGUUUUAUUGAAUCAUUUUUCUCAACAUGUUCAAAAUGAAAUAAUUGAUAAAAAUAUAAUAGAAUUAUCACCAAUAAAUAAUGUUAUACAUGAAAUUAAAUCAAUAAGUAAUGAAUCAACACCAUCAGAAAUCAAUUCAAUUAGUUCAACAUAUAUUGAAAAGCAAAAAAAUUUACGUAUUUUAACAAAACAACAUAAAACAAAUAAAUUAGAUACAAUUAAAUUAGGAACAAUAGGUUCAAAUGUAUUUGUUCAAUCAUCAUCAACAAAUGUUUCUUCUUCAAUGGAUCAACAAAUAAACAAUUUAUCAAUGAAGAAUAAAUUAUCAAAAUUAUCAAAACAACGAGUAGUACCGUCAAUUGAAAUUGAUUAUCGUUGGCUAAAAUCUUCAUCAUAUAAUAAUAAUACUGAUGAUAAAGAUCAAUAUAUAACAAUAGGUCGUGGCAUAAGAAAACCAGUCAAAUAUUCAUCUACAAUAAAUAGUAAUGAUUCAGAUAGUUAUAUUUUUGUUAAUAGUAUGGGUCGUGGUCAUCGUACUAGUUUCAUAUCUCUGAUGCCAGGAUUUUUCAAGUUAAUGCAAUAG